CCUCACCCCCAUUCUGCAGAAUCAGGCACUCCGACGCCCAGCGCGUAUUUAUUGGGCGCCUCCUGUAUACCUGGCCUUGCGCUGGCUGCUGCCGGGGAUGGGGCUGGGGGGCCCGGCUUGAGCACAACCUAAAAGGGGGGCGAUGGCUGCAAAUUUAAAUGACACAGCUUUCCAUGGGCAGCCGAUCAUGCUAGAGAACAUGAAAAGAACUUGGAAGUGCCAGGUCGGGAGGAAAUAGUGAAGGGGAGGGAGGCAGCUGAGGUCCUUUGUAGCAAAGGUGACUGUUUGGGAUUCCACGUUGGCCACUGCCCUUCAACGAGGGCCCUUGUCAGUGUCCCCUGUGCACGUGCUUCAGCUCACUCAUCUGUUCAGCCCGUGGUUCCUGAGCAUGUGUUUUCGGGUCAGACCUGGAGACGGGUGCAAGGGCUGCAGUUCAGAGCAGGGGUCGGCCAGGGAAAGACUCCUGAGGGGUCCUGGAGGCAUGAACUGAAAGGCAACGAGAAGCCACUGGACCGGUGCUGUCCGAUAGAACAUUCUGCAACGAUGUUCAGCAUGAGCCUCUGGCCACGUGCUUGGGCCCGGUAGCACGUCGUGGGCAGGGGGCGAGCCUCCCCAGAUGCCCGGGCCGUCACCAUGGUGAAGCUGUUAGCGGCCAAGGUCCUGUGCAUGGUGGGUGUUCUGCUGCUCAUGCUGCUUGGCUCCCUGCUCCCCGUGAAGUUCAUUGAGAGCGAUUUUGAGAAGGCUCACCGCUCGAAAAAGAUCCUCUCCCUCUGCAACACCUUUGGAGGCGGGGUCUUUCUGGCGACGUGCUUCAAUGCCUUGUUACCCACUGUGAGGGAAAAGCUCCAGAGAGUUCUGAGCCUCGGCCACAUCAGCACCGAGUACCCACUGGCAGAGACCAUCAUGCUGCUCGGCUUCUUCCUGACCGUCUUCCUGGAGCAGCUCGUGCUGACCUUCCGCAAGGAGCAGCCAUCCUUCAUCGACCUGGAGACCUUCAACGCCGGCUCGGACGCGGGCAGCGACUCGGAGUACGAGAGCCCCUUCAUGGGGACGGCCGGGCGCGGCCACAGCCACGGCCACGGCCACGGCCUGCGCGCCCCGGAGCUGGCCCGGCCCGGCCCGCUGCGCCUGCUCAGCCUGGUCUUCGCCCUGUCCACCCACUCGGUCUUCGAGGGCGUGGCCCUGGGCCUGCAGGAGGAGGGUCAGCGGGUGGCCGGCCUGUUCGUGGGCGUGGCCCUCCACGAGACGCUGGUGGCCGUGGCCCUGGGCGUCAGCAUGGCCCGCAGCGCCCUGCCCCUGCGCGACGCGGCCAAGCUGGCGGUCACCGUGAGCGUCAUGAUCCCGCUGGGCAUCGGCGCCGGCCUGGGCAUCCAGAGCGCCCCCAGCCUGCCGGGCAGCGUGGCCUCGGUGCUGCUGCAGGGCCUGGCUGGCGGCACCUUCCUCUUUGUCACUUUCUUCGAGAUCCUGGCGAAGGAGCUGGAGGAGAAGAACGACCGGCUGCUCAAGGUCCUCUUCCUGGUGCUGGGCUAUGCCGUCCUGGCCACCAUGGAUUUCCUCAAGUGGUGAGUGUCCUCGGGCCGCUGCAGCGCCGCCCCUGAUGCGCCUCAAGACAGGGCGAGCUGCCUGCACACGGGCCCAGUGGCCCCACGGACCCCACAGCCUGAGCCCCAGGGCGCUGCUACUCUCUUAAAAAAUCCUUUUAAAAGUAUCUGCCGGUGCUGUUUGAGCGCGGGGACGUCGGGCAGAAGGAUCCGGUACCUGACGGCAGGCGGGAGCAGGGCCAGGGGCAGGGGGCUGGCUCGGACAUACCCCCACCCCACCCCCAGCCGGGGGACAAGGACAUGGAGCGUCUGUUCCGUUGGGUCCCAGUCUCGGGCCGCGCUGGCCGUUCCAGAGCCUCUGUCCUCUGUCCUCAGGCCUGGUGGCUCGUCGCCCCACCCCCAUCCUGAUGUCCAGAAGGAUGUCACGAAGGCCACAGUUAGAGGGGCUGGAUUCUGGGCCUCAGCCCGCCGAGGUUAUUCCCAGUGGCUCACUCUGCACCCCCAGGAACGCUGUCCUCCACACUGGGUGCAGCCCCCAGGAUGGGCAAGUUGCUCUAGAGUAGGGGCUGGGGCCAGCGGCUGGCUGCUGCCCCCGGGACCGCUGGGUCGGGCGAGUGUGCAGUUUCUGAGGGAACAGGAGCCCCGAGAGUUGCUCGAGCAGCUGAGGCCCAGCCCACUCCCAGGCUCUCCAGAUAAAGAUUCACUGGGUGUGAGGCCAGAGCCAGGCCAUGGGGACCCCAACAGAGAGACUAACGGAAACCACGGUCACCCCCUUGGAGGGGAUGGAGAGCAGAGACUGACGGCACAGGCAGGCUGGCGGAACUCGCCGGAGCCGCCCGUCCUUAGCCAGGUGUGUUGUCACGGCGACCCUGGCUGGCGAGUCAAGAGGAGCCGCCUCUUCCGAGGGGAUCUGGGACCCCGCCGGCUGCAGAGGAUGGUGGCGUGGGCCUGGCGUCUGAGCCGGGCCUCCACAUGGGCCUCUCCAGCCUCGCUGUACCCUCCAGCCGCCAGUGUCCCGGCUCUGUCACAGUCCCCCAGGGGCUGCUUGUUACUCGCACUGCUGCUUUUCGUCCGCUGAGCAGGUCGGUGGAGGGGCUGAGCACCCUGAUCUCCCUCCUGGGCCCCAGCGGCCUGCUGCCCAUGCCGUCCCUGGUACCAGCUGCCAAGGCUGAGCAGCCGUGGGCAUUUAAGGCCCCGGCAAGAAGCCGCUCCUUGGCGGGAACCCGCUCGUGCCUGUGUCUGCACCACGGCUCUGGGCUUGGGAGCUCCGGUACAUCCCUCCCGGCCAGCUCGGGAGUUCCAGGAUCAGCUCACUGCUCACUGCUCACCCCAGAGUGGACGCCCCGGGCAGGCGGGUCCACUUCCACCCACCCUGCUCCACCAAGCACCAGAAGUAGCGGCCUUGGACCAGGCCCAGCCCCCUGUGGCGUUGGUUUAUGAGGGUAUCGGGGAGCAGAGCUGAUGGGGGAGCUGCUCUUGCUUCCUGAUCGUUUUGACCAUUGUAAAUAAACUGGGGUGCCAGCCCACACUCUUG